GCGAAUGGACAACAGUUGUUCAGUUUUUUGUUUUUUUUUUUUUACUUCUGAUCUUACACGCGCUUAUAGAGCGCACUUAUCGUUGGUUCUAAUUUCAUAAGGUUUCUACAGUUAACUAUUUACGUAAGUCGAAUUCUAUUAAAUGUUUUAUUAUUAGUUUAUUAGAAGAUAAAUAAUAAAGCGAAUGUAAUCUAAGUAAAUUCAAAAAAGAUGGCUGAAAUUGAAGCGAAAAACUCUGUUGACGAUUCUGACAACCCCGGUGAUAAGAGAAAACUAUCCCCAGAUUUAAAUUUGGAAUCAAAUAAUUUAACAAAAAAAUUUAAAGACAGCAAAACACAACCAGAUAAUCUUUGCCAGUGUCCACAGAAGUGUUCAGAGCGAGUACCACAAAAAUCUAAAGAUGAACUAUUUAAGAUGUUUGUAGAGAUGGAAAAUGAAGAUAUUCAAAAUAAAUUUCUCCAAAAGUUUAUUGAAGCACGCCCUGUUGCAAACAGACUUUUCAGUAAGGAAACUACAGCCAAUGGUAAAUUACUUCGAAGGAUUCACUGUAAAUAUAGAAUUCCUUCAAUAAUAACAGACGAUUUUUUAACAAGUAUAAAUUGUGAUUCUGACAAAGACGAUGACUCUGAUUUUGAUGAAACGUCAUCAGUUACAUCAAUGGAAUCUAAAGAAGACAGUGACAAGUUAUUGGAAAAUGAUUCAAUAGAAUCUUCAAGAAAAUCACUUGGGCGUUACAAUUGUGUAGAUGUUUGUCAAAAAGCAUUUCUUAAUUUAUUUGGUUUGUCAGACAAACGUUUGAAAACAGUUAGAGAACUAUUGAUAAUAAAAGCUCGACAGAAACACAUGAAAAGAAUGAUGGAAAAAGAAGAAAACCAAAUUGAAGUAUCAUUGGCAAAGGAUUUAGCUCAGGGUUGUUUACCAUUAAUGGCUCUGUUUAAUAAAGAAGACAGUAAAAAAGUAUCUGAUCAAUUAAUGACAGCUAUAAGUAAUGACAUUAAUUUGGUCAAUAAUUUUUUUUGUAACCAAUUGUGGAAACCAGAAUAUAUUAACCAAAAACCAUCAGACUAAGGAAAUAUUUUAAAUAAUAAUAAUUAGGUUAGUAGUAAAACUCUUAAUGAGAAAGUAUGUAAUCACAAUUUUAAAUUAAAAAAUUGUUUUCCAUUUUAAACAUUAUUUCAGGGAAUAAUACAUUGUAAUUAAUAUUAAGUUGUAUUUCAGUUAAUUUAAAUGUUGAAAUUUAACCUAUAUUUUUGUAAUA